AUGUCUGAGGCCACCAGCACGAGGAGUAACGGCGGCGGUUUAGCCAGCGGAGGGACCGGGGGAGUGCGGGUGCCCCAGGAACCCUCUCUCAAAGUCGGGGUGGUGUUGUCAGAUGAAAGGGUCGACUUCCUCCGGGAGCAGGCCUUCUGUGUGCUCCGGGUGAAAACGGAUAAGUGGAACCGGUUCAUCGGUGCAGACGAGAACCAGAAGAUAAUACUGGACUUUCUGGACCACAUCUGGACCAACAGACUGCUGCUCUUCACAGGGCCUGGAGGGACACUGCAUGCAGGAGACGCUCAAACGUCUCCACCAUGGAAGACCAAGCUUCUGUGUGUGCUCAAGAAAGGCGUGAAGCGAAUCGCCCGCCAAGGAUUCAGACAUCAAUUCUGGUUGGGAGAGGUUCCCGGAUACCCAAUGGAGCACCUACCUGUUGUCAUCUCUGAGGUGUUGGUGUGUGUACUCUCUAACGGUCUGAACCACGAGGACUGGCCCCGGGUGGUGUCGGACGACAUCCACAGGCACCUGGAGAAACUCCGGAGCAGAGUCGUGACCCUGCGAGGCCGCGCUGAGGGACGGACGCUGCUGCCUCUACCGCUGUGCCUGGAGAGGGCGCAGGCCCAGGACAUUGUUCUCAGCCCAACUGGGUGGCCACUGGACCAUGGCUUGUUAUACUCCAUCGAAACUCUGAUAGUUCAAUGGUCUGGACAGAUUUGGAAUGUGCUGAAGAAAGACUCCGGUAUGGCACUGCUCCAGGGAGAUCACCCAGGCCCCAACGUCGAGCUCCAGUUCUGGACCACUCAGAGGGAAAACCUGCUGGGCAUCCAGUCACAAAUCCAGAGCUCCAAAGUGAAACAAAUCAUGGAAAUCCUUCGACGAGUCAAGAGCAGUUACCACGCUGCCUUUAAGAGCGUCUGCCUCAAAGUCAAUGAGGCUGUGCUGGAAGCAGAGGAUAUAGAUCUGUAUCUGCGUCCUCUGAGGAGACAGAUCAGCAAUUUAGAAGAAAGGAGUUUCCCACAGGUGGACACACUGCUACCACCGCUUUUUCACACCCUCUGCCUCAUCUGGAGUCGCUCCAAGUACUACUGCACUCCACAGUGCAUGGUGGUCCUUUUGCAGGAGUUCUGCAACCUGAUCAUCGACAAGGCCUUUGCCUACCUCAUUCCUGAAGAACUGUUCAAGAUGGAGCUUGAGGAAGGGAUGGAGAGACUACAGAUAAGCAUCUCAGUUCUGCGCAGCUUCAAGCAGUUGUUUCACACUUACCGCCAGAGGAUCCCGACGUACUACCAACAUGGUCAGGACAUCAAGCUGUGGGAUUUUCCUGCCACGCUUGUGUUCAGCCGAUCAGACCACAUCAUGGAAAGGCUCCUUAUGAUUGAGGAGCUUUUCGCCGCAGCAUUAGACUUUCUGAAAUUGGAGAAGAUUGAACUUGGCGGAUCCCGAGGGAAAAUCCUUAGUGAGAUGGUCUUCAGCAUGAGCGAGGAGUUUCAUGACUGCUGGCGGACACUUAGAGAAAGCAAAUAUGACCCCUUGGACUAUACUAAUGAUGAGUUUGUACGUCACUACAGACGGUUUGUGGAGCAGAACAGAGACUUUGACCAGAGGCUGGGGACGCUCCUCAAUUUGGCCUUUCAGCACUCAAAAAACCUGGAGUCGGCCUUUAAGCUGUUACAAAUUUUUGGGACCCUUCUUGAGAGACCCAGAAUUCACCAGCUGUUUUCCCCUAACUACAACGUGUUGCUGAGCAUGUUCAGCCAGGAGAUAGACCUCUGCCAGUUAAUCUUAGAUCAACACAGAGAUGAGUCAGGUUGUGCAAUUCUGGGAAAAAACAUGCCUUUGGUGGCCGGAAACCUCAAAUGGUCACAGGAGCUUAGGAGUCGCAUCCUUACUAAUCGGAGUAACCUCUGCCAGCUGGCCCAUAUGCCUCUGGGCUGUGCUGAGGCAGACAGUGUUCUCCAGAAGUGCGAAAGGGUCCUGGAGGUUUUAGACCAGCAUGAUGAGGAGCUGUUCUCAGAUUGGACUGCGGGACUGGGAGAAAUCUGUCAGACACACCUCAAGGAACCACUGUUGACUCUGGACAAGGAGACAGGCCUGUUCCAGGUCAACUUCAGUCCAGCUCUCGCGUCAGUGCUCAGAGAAGUUAAGUAUCUGGGAAUUAUGAAGAACGAAAACAUUCCUAAAGCUGCUCUCCAUCUAUAUUCUAAGCGAGACAGACUUUAUGUGUACACACAAACGCUGACUUUAGUGACCCAGUGGUACAACAAGCUCCACAGCACCAUCCUGGCUGUUGAGCUGGGGCUGGUGAAGGAAGAGAUGGCCGGCAUGAAGCGGCAGCUGGACCCGGCGGUGCGGGAGCUGACGUGGGCCGACGACGACCUGUGGGACUACAUUCAAAACACACGAGACCUGGUCAAGAGCAUCUCUAGUCGUGUCCAGAAGAGUAAAACUAACGUGGAAGCCAUCCAGGCCCUCAUGGGUAAAUUCAGCAACCGGGCUUUCAUCACUAGAAAGGGUCGUGAUUCCACUCUCCUCAUCUUCUCCGAUAUUGAGGAGAGUGUUUCCAAACAGCAUUCUCUCAUCAGCAGCACAGGGGAGCAGAUACACAAACUGCUGCAGAGUCAGUCUCUGCUCGGCGUUAAGGAUCUGGACAGCAGUGAAUGGCAGGCUUACACGGAAUACGUGGACCGAGUGAUCCUCUCUGGCUUCUCGAGCGCCGUCCGCUGCUCCCUGCAGUACUUAAUGGACAACACUGAUGCGGCUCAGCGUAUUACGCCGCUGUUUGAAGUGCAGCUGGUACUCAACAGCAACGAGAUGACGUUUCGACCUUCAUUAGACUUGAGCCACAGUGGAAACUUCUAUGAUAUUGUGGAUGAAAUGGUGACCAACAUCACAAACAUGGCAUCUUUUAUUUCCAGAGUGGCAAAGCACAAGCAGCAGAAUAACUACCAGUGUGACAUAAAUGAAAUGGAGGAUUUGUCUGAAAUGUGCCACAUAAUCCGCUCACGUGCACGUGCCGCUGUUGCUAAGGCGUGUGAAUACCAGGCAUCCUUUUCCAGCUACCGCUACCUCUGGACUGAUGACAGAACUGAGUUUAUGCGACAGUUUCUGCUCUACGGCCAUGUGUUAAGCACAGAGGAAGCUGAGCUGUAUGCAGACUACGAAUUAAAGAAGAACCCACCCACCCUGGACAACUUUAAAGAGCAAAUAAAUCUCUUUGAGUCUCUGUAUGUGCGAGUGAGCAAAAUGGAGGACAAGAGGGUGUUUUGUGGCUGGCUGCAGCUCGACAUCAGACCCUUCAAACACACACUGAUGAAUGUUAUCAAGAGGUGGAGCUGGAUGUUUAAAGAGCACCUCCUCAACCAUGUAAACCAGAGUGUGAGGGAACUUUCCCUUUUUGUCCAGGAUACAGCUCGGGGUCUUUCUACCAAGGUGUCAGAUGGUGACUAUGCAGGUUUGGUGGCCAUAAUGGGACACCUCAUGGCCAUCAGAGACAGACAAAUCAGCAAUGAACAACACUUCAAACCGCUCAAAUCUACUGCUGAACUUCUCAAAACCUAUGGCCAGCAACUCCCAGAGAGCGUCUACACACAGCUUGAGGAGCUGCCUGAGAAGUGGAAGAGUCUCAGAAAAAUAGCUUUUACAGUCAAACACGAAGUGGCGCCCCUGCAGUCAAACGAAGUUUCAGUAAUCCGCAGGAAAUGCGUGCGGUUCGAGGUCAAGCAGUAUGAGUUCAGAGAAAAAUUUCAAACUGAAUCGAUCUUCAAGAUCGAUGUAGAUGACGCAUACAAACUAAUUGAUAAGUCUAAUCGAGCAGUGGCAGUGAUGGAGAUGGAAAUGAAGAAAUUGCAGGACACGGCUGAUUUGUUUGAGGUCAGCUUUCCGGAUUACAAGCAGCUGCGUCAGUGUCGCUCCGACAUUAUCCUCGUCAAAGCAGUCUGGGACAUGGUCAUCUUUGUGAAGACCAGUAUAGAGGACUGGACCAAAACUCCAUGGAAAGAGAUCAAUGUUGAGCAGAUGGACAUGGAGCUGCGGCGUUUUGCUAAAGAGAUGAAGAUGCUGGAUAAGGAGGUGCGAGUGUGGGAUGUCUAUCUGGGCCUGGAAUCCACUGUUAAAAACCUUUUGACCUCCCUGAGAGCCGUCAACGAGCUACAAAACUCUGCUGUCAGGGAGAGACACUGGCAACAGCUCAUGAACAGCACAGGGGUCAGGUUUGUGAUGGGGGAGGGCACCACCCUGGGGGACCUGCUAGAAUUACAGCUUCAUCGUGUGGAGGAUGAGGUUAAGAACAUUGUGGACAAGGCUGUGAAAGAAAUGGCCAUCGAGAAGGUAUUGGCAGAGAUAACCCAGACAUGGAGUAUUAUGUCGCUGUCAUAUGAGACUCAUACCAGCACAGGAACCCCUCUGCUGAAAGCAGAUGAGAAUCUAAUAGAGACUCUAGAGGACAACCAGGUGCAGCUGCAGAACAUCCUGAUGAGUAAGUACGUGGAGUAUUUCCAGGCGGAAGUGAGCGGAUGGCAGAGGAAGCUAAUGGUGGCCGACCUCGUCAUCUCAUCCUGGAUGUCGGUCCAGAGGACCUGGGCUCACCUCAACAGCAUCUUCACCAACAGCCACGACAUCCGGUGCCAGCUGGCCAAUGACGCCGAGCGAUUUAAAGGCAUCCACACUGACUUUCAGAGCUUAAUGACUGAGGUGGUGAAAAACAGUAACGUUGUAGACGUCACAAACCAGCCUGGUUUCCUGGAGAGCCUGGAAACUUUACAGCAGCGGCUGUCGGUGUGCGAAAAGGCCCUGGCUGAGUACCUGGAGACCAAGAGACUCACAUUCCCCAGAUUUUAUUUCGUCUCUGCCUCAGAUCUAUUGGAGAUUGUCUCCAAGGGAACACAGCCCAAACAGGUGACCAGACACUUGUUGAAGCUGUUUGACAAUAUAGCAGAUCUUCGCUUCAAGGACUCAAGCCGAGAUGCAGGACGUGAAGAGGACGGGGUGGCAGUUGCUAUAGGGAUGUACAGUCGUGAGGGAGAAUAUGUUUCAUUCUCUGAGCCAUGCCCUUGUGAAGGACAGGCGGAGUGUUGGUUGAGCGCAUUAGAGAGCACUAUGCGUUGCACAGUCCGUAAAGAGAUCCAGGAGGCUGUGGCUGCUUAUGAAGACAAACCCCGAGACCAGUGGCUCUUUGACUACCCUGCACAGGUGGGGUUGACUGGAAGUCAGGUGUGGUGGGCCACAGAUGUGGGCAUUGCAUUUGAGAGGGUGGAGGAAGGAUUCGAGACUGCUCUAAAAGACUACAAUAAAAAACAGAUCACGCAACUCAACUCGCUGAUCCACAUGCUGUUAGGAGAUUUAACUCCUGGAGAGCGCCAGAAAAUUAUGACCAUUUGCACCAUUGAUGUCCACGCUCGAGAUGUUGUUGCCAAUCUCAUUUCUCAAAAGGUGACGACAGGACAGGCGUUCGCAUGGCUGUCCCAGUUACGCCAUCGCUGGGAUGAAGAAAGCAGACACUGCUGCGUUAAUAUCUGCGACGCCCAGUUCCAGUUCAGCUACGAAUACCUGGGGAAUACUAACAGACUGGUCAUCACCCCGCUCACUGACAGGUGUUACAUAACCUUGACUCAGUCUCUCCAUCUGACGAUGAGUGGCGCCCCAUCAGGCCCAGCUGGCACUGGUAAAACAGAAACUACGAAGGACCUGGGGCGCUCCCUGGGCAUCAUGGUAUAUGUCUUCAACUGCUCUGAGCAGAUGGACUACAAGUCCAUUGGUAAUAUUUAUAAGGGCCUGGCGCAGACUGGAGUGUGGGGCUGCUUCGACGAAUUUAACAGGAUCUCAGUGGACGUUCUGUCUGUGGUGGCGGUCCAGGUUAAAACUAUUCAGGAUGCUGUACGCAAUAAAAAACAAAGGUUUCAUUUCCUUGGGGAGGAGAUUGAGCUCAAGUCCACAGUGGGAAUCUUCAUCACUCUCAACCCCGGUUAUGCCGGCAGGGCUGAGCUCCCAGAGAACCUCAAGGCCCUGUUCAGGCCCUGUGCAAUGGUGAUCCCAGAUUUUGAGCUCAUCUGUGAGAUCAUGUUGGUGGCUGAAGGAUUCAUAGAUGCUCGUCUUCUGGCACGCAAAUUCAUCAGCCUCUACACUCUGUGCAAGGAGCUGUUAUCCAAACAGGAUCACUAUGAUUGGGGUUUACGGGCGAUUAAAUCUGUCCUGGUGGUCGCUGGAUCCCUGAAAAGAGAGGACCGCAGUAGACCUGAGGAACAGGUGUUGAUGCGUGCUCUGAGGGACUUCAACCUGCCGAAGAUCGUGACCAAUGAUGUUCCCAUAUUCCUUGGACUCAUCAGCGACCUGUUCCCUCAGCUGGACGUCCCAAGGAAGAGAGACCCGAAGCUGGAAAAUGCCGUCCGGCAGUCAGUCGCUGAGAUGCGCCUGCAGCCAGAGGAGAACUUCAUACUCAAGGUGACCCAGUUAGAGGAGCUGCUGGCUGUCAGACACUCUGUGUUUGUUGUCGGUGGCCCAGGGACUGGAAAGAGUCAGGUUAACUCCACCCUCCACAGGACCUAUGCAAACAUGAAGAUGAAACCCGUCUGGAAUGAUAUUAACCCCAAAGCUGUCACCACGGAUGAGCUUUUUGGAUAUUUACAUCCUGCUACCAGAGAGUGGAAAGACGGUCUGUUUUCCUCCACCAUGAGAGAGCUGACAUCAGUCGGCCAUGACGGACCCAAAUGGAUUGUUUUGGAUGGGGAUAUUGAUCCAAUGUGGAUUGAAUCCCUGAACACAGUUAUGGAUGACAAUAAGGUUCUGACUCUUGCUAGUAACGAGAGGAUUAGUUUGUCGUCCUCGAUGCGUUUGCUCUUUGAGAUCUCGCACCUUAGAGCCGCUACACCCGCAACGGUGUCCAGAGCAGGAAUCCUGUACGUCAACCCGCAGGACCUCGGCUGGAGCUCCUAUGUGACAAGCUGGAUAGACACCCGGCAGGCCCAAUCGGAGCGAGCCAACCUGACCAUUCUGUUUGAUAAGUACGUGCCAUACUGCCUGGAACAAGUUCGGUGCAAUCUGAAAACCAUCACCCCGAUUCCAGAGAACAGCAUGGUGCAGACAUUGUGCUCCUUGCUGGACUGCCUGUUGACAGAGGACAACACUCCAGCCGACUCUCCUCGAGAACUGUAUGAGAUCUACUUCGUCUUCGCCUGUGUCUGGGCCUUUGGUGGCGCUCUCUUCCAGGAUCAUCUUAAUGACUACCGCGCAGAAUUCAGCCGCUGGUGGUCGAAGGAGAUGAGGGCUGUGAAGUUUCCAUCGCAGGGGACUGUCUUUGACUACUUCAUCGACUCUGAGACUAAGAAGUUCACUCCUUGGAGUGAGAAGAUGGUGCAGUUUGAGCUGGAGCCCGAUGUGCCACUGCAGACUGUCCUGGUCCAUACGCCAGAGACCAUCUGUCUUACCUACUUUAUGGACCUGCUGCUCCAGAGAGGCAAGCCUAUUAUGUUAGUGGGAAACGCUGGAGUGGGAAAGACCAUCCUGGUGUCCGAUAAAGUCGCCAAGCUGAAGGAAGACUACAUGGUGACCAAAGUCCCUUUCAACUACUACACUACAUCCGCCAUGCUCCAGCGUGUCCUGGAAAAACCUCUGGAGAAGAAAGCCGGUCGUAAAUUUGCUCCUCCUUCGGCAAAGCGACUCAUCUACUUCAUAGAUGACCUCAACAUGCCUGAGGUGGAUGUUUAUGGGACCGUCCAGCCACACACACUCAUACGCCAGCAUCUCGACUACAGCCACUGGUAUGACAGACAACGCUUAGUACUGAAAGAAAUUCAUAAUUGCCAGUAUAUCACCUGUAUGAACCCAACAUCUGGAAGCUUCUCCAUCAACCCUCGACUACAAAGGCAUUUCUCAGUGUUUGCAGUACAUUUCCCCGGUGCUGACGCAUUAGCUACCAUCUUCACCAGCAUCUUGUCGGCACACUUCCUUCAGGGAGGAUUCAGCUUCGGGGUUUCUCGCUCAGUCGGAACUCUCAUACAGGCAGCUAUUUGUCUGCACCAGAAAAUCAGCCAGAACUUCCUGCCCACAGCCAUCCGCUUCCAUUACAUCUUCAACCUGCGAGACCUCUCCAACAUAUUUCAGGGAAUCCUGUUUGCGCUGCCGGAGAGUGUCCGCUACCCCAUGGACCUGGUUCACCUUUGGCUCCAUGAGAGCUCGCGGGUCUACUCCGACAAACUGAUGGAGGAGAAGGAUGUGGAGCUGUUCAAUAAGAUCCUGCUGGACACCGGCAAGAGAUACUUCGAAGGAAUAGAUGAGUCUAUUUUUAUCCACCAGCCGUUGGUGUACUGUCACUUUGCCCAGGGAGUGGGAGAGCCUCGCUAUCACCAGGCCUCAGACUGGGAGAAGCUCCAGAAGACAUUAGCUGACGCUCUGGAGCAUUAUAAUGAGCUGCACGCUGUCAUGGACCUGGUCCUGUUUGAAGAAGCCAUCCAGCAUGUAUGUCGCAUCAGUCGUAUCCUGGAAGCCCCCUAUGGUAAUGCCCUGCUGGUUGGAGUCGGGGGCAGCGGGAAGCAGAGUCUGUGUCGACUGGCUGCAUUCCUCGGCGUGCUGGAGGUUUUCCAGAUCACUCUGCGUAAAGGCUAUGGCAUCAAUGACCUCAAGAGUGAUAUAGCCGCCUUGUACAUAAAGGUGGGAGUGAAAAACAUCGGGACAGUGUUCCUUCAUACAGACGCGCAGAUUCCUGACGAACGCUUCCUGGUGCUCAUCAACGACAUGCUGGCUUCAGGGGAUAUUCCAGACCUGUUCAGUGAUGAAGAGGUGGAUAUGAUAGUAACGUCCAUCCGCAUGGAGCUGAGGGGGUUGGGACUGAUCGACACGAGGGACAACUGCUGGAGCUUUUUCAUUGAAAGAAUACGAAGACAGCUGAAGGUUGUCUUGUGCUUCUCUCCAGUCGGAUUCACGCUGCGUACUCGUGCUCGAAAGUUUCCAGCUCUGGUAAACUGCACCGCCAUCGACUGGUUCCACCCCUGGCCUCAGCUUGCUCUGCAGUCCGUCAGCUCCACCUUCAUAGAGAAGAUACCCGGCCUGGAGCCGAAUGUGAGGGCAUCCAUCAGCGAGUUCAUCUCCUUUGCCCACACAAGUGUCAACGAGGUGAGCGUCAAGUACCAGCAGAACGAGAAGCACUUCAACUACACCACUCCCAAGAGCUUUCUUGAGUUUAUGAAGCUGUACGACAACCUGCUGGGGAAGAAGCGCACCGAGUUGACGCAGAAGAUGGAAAGAUUAGAGAACGGGCUUCAGAAGCUGCAGACGACGGCUUCACAGGUGGAGGACUUAAAAGCCAAGUUAGCAGUGCAGGAAGUGGAGCUGUGGCAGAGGAACACGGAUAUCGAAGCUCUCAUCGCUAAGAUCGGACAGCAGACGGACAAACUGAACCAAGAGAGGGCUGUCGCUGACGCAGAGGAGCAAAGGGUGGCAGCGAUUCAAGCUAAAGUCACCAAACAGCAACAGGAAACCGAAGACGACUUGGCCAAGGCUGAACCUGCCCUGCAGGCAGCCAACACAGCCCUCAAUACUCUUAACAGGCUGAAUCUGACAGAGCUGAGGACGUUUCCCAACCCUCCAGCUAUUGUCACCAACGUCUCAGCAGCUGUUCUGGUGCUGCUCUCCCCCCAAGGCCGAAUCCCUAAAGACCGCAGCUGGAAGGCGUCCAAGAUGGUUAUGAGCAAGGUGGACGACUUCCUGCAGGCUCUGGUGAACUUUGACAAAGAGCACAUCCCCGAGGCCACGGUGAAGUGUGUGAGGGACGAUUACCUCAGUGAUCCGGAGUUCAACCCGGACUUCGUGCGGCAGAAAUCCUCAGCGGCUGCAGGCCUCUGUGCCUGGGUGAUCAACAUCAUACGCUUCCACGAGGUUUUCUGUGAAGUAGAGAUGAAGAGGAUGUGUCUGUCUCAGGCAAACGCCGAUUUGGCGGAAGCUGCAGAGAAGCUGGAGGUUAUAAGGAAGAAACUUGCAGAGCUGGAUAGCAGUUUGGAAACUCUGACGACAGCCUACGAGACUGCCAUGUCAGAGAAACUCCGCUUUCAGGAGGAGGUCAACCACACCAACAAGACAAUUGAGCUGGCCAAUCGGCUCGUCAAAGGACUGGAGAGUGAGAACGUGCGCUGGGCUCACUCAGUGGCUCAGUAUCACCAGCAGGAGGAAACCCUCUGCGGAGACGUGCUGCUGACUGCAGCUUUCAUCUCUUAUGCUGGCUCCUUCUCCAAGAAGUACAGAGGAGAGCUGCUGGAUAACCUCUGGAUGCCCUUCCUGCGCACCCAGAAGGCACCUAUUCCCAUGACCGGGGGCUUAGAUCCAGUGUCAAUGUUGACUGAUGGAGCAAUGGUGGCCCAGUGGAACAAUGAGGGUUUGCCAGGUGAUAAAAUGUCCACGCAGAACGCCACCAUCCUCACUAACUGCGAGCGCUGGCCUCUCCUCAUUGACCCUCAGCUGCAGGGCAUCAAGUGGAUCAAGAGUCGCCAUGGAAACAGCCUCAAGGUUGUCAGUCUAGGGCAGAGAGGUUACGUCGACGUUAUCGAACAGGCUGUUGUUGCGGGGGACACUGUCCUGAUUGAGAACCUUGAGGAGACCAUUGACCCUGUUAUCGACCCCCUGCUGGGGCGGCACACGAUCAAGAAGGGCAGCUGCAUUAAGGUUGGGGACAAGGAGUGUUUCUUCCACCCGGGCUUCAGACUGAUCCUCCACACUAAGUUGGCCAAUCCUCACUACAAGCCGGAGAUUCAAGCCCAGACCACGCUCAUCAACUUCACAGUGACGAGGGACGGACUGGAGGAUCAGCUGCUGGCCCAGGUGGUGAAUCAGGAGAGACCGGACCUGGAGCUCCUGAAGAGUGAUCUGACGAAGCAGCAGAAUAUGUUUAAGAUUGAGCUGAAGCUGCUGGAGGACGAGCUGCUCACCCGACUGUCUGCUGCAGAGAGCAACUUCCUCGGCGACAACGUGCUGGUAGAGAAGCUGGAGACCACAAAGCACACCGCCGCUGAGAUCGAGAUCAAAGUACUGGAAGCUAAAGUUAAUGAAGUAAAAAUAAAUGAAGCAAGAGAACAUUAUCGCCCGGUCGCUGUCAGAGCCUCUCUGCUCUACUUCAUCAUGAAUGAUCUCAACAAGAUCAACCCAAUGUACCAAUUCAGCCUCAAGGCCUUUAAUGUUGUUUUCCACAAGGCGGUGGAGUUGGCAGAGGCGUCUGAGGAUGUAAAAAGCAGAGUAAACACACUCAUAGACUGUGUUACGUACUCCACCUUCAACUACAUCAGCAGGGGACUAUUUGAAAGAGACAAGCUCACCUUUACCGCACAGCUGGCCUUCCAGUUGCUCCUGAUGAGCAAGGAGAUAGAUGUGCGCGAGCUGGACUUCCUGCUGCGUUUUAACAUUGACCACAGUUACGCCAGCCCCCUUGACUUUCUCCCCAACACAGCGUGGAGCGCCAUCAAGGUGAUGAGUUUUACUGAUGAGUUCCGCGGUCUGGACCGGGACAUCGAAGGCUCGCCCAAGCGCUGGAAGAAGCUGGUGGAGUCUGAGUGUCCGGAGAAGGAGAAAUUCCCUCAGGAGUGGAAAGGGAAAAGUUCCCUGCAGAAGCUGAUCAUGAUGAGAGCCCUGAGGCCCGACCGCAUGACUUAUGCUCUGAGGAACUUUGUGGAAGAGAAGCUUGGAGUGAAGUAUACAGAGGGACGAAAGGUUGAGUUUGCAAAGUCGUUCAGAGAAAGCGGACCAGCCUCCCCCGUGUUUUUUAUUCUCUCCCCUGGAGUGGACCCACUUAAAGAUGUGGAAUCACUGGGAAGGAAGUUGGGAUUCACUAUUGACCUUGGAAAACUCCACAACGUCUCUUUGGGUCAGGGACAGGAAACGGUGGCUGAAAUCGCCAUGGAAAACGCUGCGCAGGAGGGUCACUGGGUGAUACUGCAGAACAUCCAUCUGGUUGCUCGUUGGCUGGGUUCACUGGAGAAGCUUCUGGAGCGCUGCUGUGAAAACAGCCAUCCAGACUACAGGGUGUUUAUGAGCGCCGAGCCGGCAUCCACGCCCCAGGAGCACAUCAUCCCGCAGGGCAUUUUGGAAAAUGCGAUUAAAAUCACCAAUGAGCCCCCGACUGGCAUGCACGCCAAUUUACAUGCUGCUCUUGACAAUUUUGACCAGGACAUCCUGGACCAGUGCAGCCGCGAGCAGGAGUUCAAGACCAUCCUCUUCUCCCUGUGUUACUUCCACGCCUGUGUGGCAGAGAGGAGGAAGUUCGGUCCUCAGGGGUGGAACAGAAAAUAUCCGUUCAACACGGGGGAUCUGACUAUAUCAGUUAACGUCCUCUACAACUACCUUGAGGCGAACGCACAGGUGCCCUGGGAGGACCUGAGGUACCUGUUUGGGGAGAUCAUGUAUGGAGGACACAUCACCGACGACUGGGACCGUCGGCUCUGCAGGACGUACCUGGAGGAGUACAUGCAGCCCAACCAGUUUGAUAGGAAGCUCUCACUGGCACCUGGAUUUGUUGUUCCCUCCAACCUGGACUACCAGGGCUACCACGACUUCAUCGAUGAGAUGCUACCCCACGAGAGCCCAGUGCAUUAUGGGCUGCACCCCAACGCAGAAAUCGAAUUCCUGACGGUGACGUCGGAUAACCUCUUUCGCACUUUGCUGGAGCUGCAGUCUCCCGACGCAGUGAUGGGGGAGGGAGCCUCGCAGACGCUUGAGGAGAAGGUGAAAACGAUUCUGGAUGAAGUGCUGGAAAAACUGCCUGAGGAGUACAAUAUGUCCGACAUCACUUCCAAGACAGCUGAGCGAUCGCCGUACAUCCUGGUCUGCUUCCAGGAGUGUGAGCGCAUGAACACGCUCAUCUUUGAGAUACGCCGCUCCCUGAAGGAGCUCGACCUUGGGCUCAAGGGUGAACUGGCCAUGUCGUCUGAGAUGGAGAAGCUCCAGACGGCAUUGUUCUUUGACAACGUCCCGGAUACCUGGACCAAGCUGGCCUAUCCCUCCACAUACAGCCUGGCUAUAUGGUAUAAUGACGUGAUGCAGCGCUGUAAAGAGCUGGACAGUUGGACGCAGGACUUGUCUCUGCCCAGCGUCGUGUGGCUCUCUGGGUUGUUCAACCCUCAGUCUUUCCUCACAGCCGUGAUGCAAACCCUGGCACGAAAGAAUGAGUGGCCCCUCGAUAAAGUGAAUCUCACGGUGGACGUGACCAAGAAAUUCAAGGAGGAGUUCAACCAGCCGGCGAGGGAGGGAGCCUACGUGUAUGGACUUUAUAUGGAAGGUGCGAGGUGGGACACUCAGACCGGGGUCAUCACGGAGGCCCGUCUGAAAGACCUGACCCCGGCGAUGCCCGUCAUGUCCGUCCGAGCGGUGCCCAACGACCGCCAGGAGACCAGGAACAUUUAUGAGUGUCCACUCUACAAGACCAAGAUCCGAGGACCCACGUAUGUGUGGACUUUGAGCCUGAAGACCCGAGAGCGGCCCGCCAAGUGGGUUCUGGCUGGAGUGGCUCUGCUGCUCAGUGUGUGA